AUGUCACACACCCAGUCCGCCGCCUGCUGCAAUACUCCGGCUGUUGUAAGCAAAGGCUAUAAAGAGAAGGGGAACUGGAUCACCGUCGACGGAUUGAAGACAUACACUACGGGUCCUUCGUCUGCAACUCAAGGCAUUCUGGUGGUCUAUGAUAUUUUUGGGUUCUUUCCUCAGACGCUGCAAGGCGCCGAUAUCCUUGCACACUCAGACAAGGACCACCAGUAUCAAGUCUACAUGCCAGACUUCUUUGAGGGGAAGCCCGCCGACAUCUCCUGGUACCCACCAGACACAGAAGAGAAGGGAAAGAAGCUGCGGGCGUUCUUCCAGACCUCGGCUGCGCCUCCAAAGACGGUCGAGCGAGUCCAGAAAGUGAUGGAGGAAUUGAAGGCGAAGAAUCCUGGUGUCAAAAGUUGGGGAAUUGUUGGCUACUGCUGGGGCGGCAAGAUUGUGAAUCUUGUAUCAGGAUCCAAUACCGUCUUCAAAGCAGCUGCAACCUGCCAUCCAGCCAUGGUCGACCCGAACGAUGCAGCUAACGUCACCAUCCCCAUGCUUGUGAUCCCGUCCAAAGAUGAAGAUCAGGCCGCGGUUGAUCAAUACGAGGCAAACCUCAAGGUGCCCCACCAGGUGGAAUGGUUCAAGGACCAAAUUCACGGGUUUAUGGCCGCCAGAAGUGACCUCGAGAAGGAUGAUGUCAAGGCCGCCUACGAGAAAGCCUAUCAGCUCCUGCUCAAUUUCUUCCACAAGCAGCUAUGA